GGCAGCUGAAGGGGGAUUUAGGCCCGGAAGAUCCAAGUCCAUCCGCGGCGGGGAGAGGGAGAGCGGGGCCGGCGGGGGCCGGAGCAGGGACGGCGGCGCUCAGACUGUCCCAUCCGCCCCGUAUUGAGGCGCUGGGAGCAGCGGGGCGGCCGGAAAGCGAUGGUGAAAGCGGGGCCGUGAGGGGGGCGGAGCCGGCAGCCCGACCCGCCGUAGCGGCAGCAGCGGCGCCGCCUCCCCGAGCUCAGACCCAGGAAGCGGCUGGGAGGGCAGGAGCGAGCCGGACCCGCCGCCGUCGCCACCAUGGAGCUCAGAGUCGGAAACAGGUACCGGCUGGGCCGGAAGAUCGGUAGCGGCUCCUUCGGAGACAUCUAUCUUGGUACGGACAUUGCUGCAGGAGAAGAAGUUGCCAUCAAGCUUGAAUGUGUCAAAACCAAACACCCUCAGCUCCACAUUGAGAGUAAAAUCUACAAAAUGAUGCAGGGAGGAGUGGGCAUCCCCACCAUCCGGUGGUGCGGGGCGGAGGGCGACUACAACGUCAUGGUGAUGGAGCUGUUGGGACCGAGCCUGGAAGACCUGUUCAACUUCUGCUCGAGGAAGUUCAGCCUCAAAACCGUCCUGCUGCUGGCGGACCAGAUGAUUAGUCGCAUUGAAUACAUUCAUUCAAAGAACUUCAUCCAUCGAGAUGUGAAGCCAGAUAACUUUCUCAUGGGGCUGGGGAAGAAGGGCAACCUGGUCUACAUCAUUGACUUUGGGCUGGCCAAGAAGUACCGAGACGCCAGGACCCACCAGCACAUUCCGUACCGCGAGAACAAAAACCUCACCGGGACGGCGCGGUAUGCCUCCAUCAACACGCAUCUUGGAAUCGAACAAUCUCGAAGGGAUGACUUGGAGUCGCUGGGCUAUGUGCUCAUGUACUUCAAUCUGGGCUCUCUGCCCUGGCAGGGGCUGAAGGCAGCCACCAAGAGGCAGAAGUAUGAGCGGAUCAGUGAGAAGAAGAUGUCCACCCCCAUCGAAGUGCUGUGUAAAAGCUACCCCUCUGAGUUCGCCACGUACCUGAAUUUCUGCCGCUCCUUGCGUUUUGACGACAAGCCUGACUACUCCUACCUGAGGCAGCUCUUCAGGAAUCUCUUCCACCGCCAGGGUUUCUCCUAUGACUAUGUGUUCGACUGGAACAUGCUCAAAUUCGGAGCCAGCCGGGCAGUUGAUGACUCUGAGCGGGAGCGCCGUGACCGAGAGGAGCGGCUGAGGCACCCCCGGAACCCAGCCGCCCGCGGCCUCCCCUCCACGGCCUCUGGCCGCCUGCGGGGCACCCAGGAGGUGGCUCCUCCCACCCCCCUCACCCCUACCUCACACACUGCUAACACCUCUCCUCGGCCCGUGUCCGGCAUGGAAAGGGAGCGGAAAGUGAGUAUGCGGCUGCACCGCGGCGCCCCCGUCAACAUCUCGUCCUCCGAUCUCACGGGCCGACAAGAUACCUCCCGCAUGUCCACCUCACAGAAUAGCAUUCCUUUCGAACACCACGGCAAGUAGCUGCACGUCUCCCGCUGGAAGGCAGCACCGGAUUCCCGGUCGGGUGGCUUCCAGUGGUCUUCAGUCUGUGGUGCACCGAUGAGAACUUUCCGCUGUGAAGGGCAGACAAUGCAUGGCUGGUCUACUCUGUUACAAUGGCUUUCCUAGUGACGCGCCCCCUGGUAACGCCGGGAGCUCUCCAGGCCGCCCACCCAGCGACGCCCGUGGGGGAAACCAAACAAACUAAACCGGACAGACCGCAAAGCUCUGCCGUCGCAGGGGCUGCACCGAGGGCCUCCCACGUGGCCCGGCUGUCUCGGGCUGGGAAGAAAAGCAGAGAGUGAGAGACGGUUGCAGAGAGAACCAGACUCCCGCUCAAGAGCCUUUCCGUCCCCUGCAGGCGGCGCCCUGCUCCCUGACGAGCCCACUGUAACUACCGAUCUUCUACUUGGUUAAGACAGUUUUGUAUCAUUUUGCUAAAAAUUACUGGCUUAAAUCUGUGUAAAGAAACCUGUCUUUUUAUUGUUUCUCUCUCGUCUGUUUGUGCGGUCUUAGACAGAUGUUGCCUCUAAGGAGCCCCCGGAGCAGAGGCUGGCGUCAGGGAGCAGAGCGCGGGCGCCGUUCUCUGCUUUGCGGUCCGUGUGUGGUGUGGGCCGCUGUGGAGAGGGGUUUUCUCGUCAGAAGUGCCGUCCCGUGUAGACGUGUGUGUCUGUGCCCCGUGCGUGUCCGUGCGUGUCCGUGUGUCUCGUUACGCGGGUUCUGGCCUCCGCUGUCCUGUCCCCACUGAAGCCGGAAGGCCCAUGCGAGGCGGCCCCAGAGCAGUUAGCGAGGGCAGCGGCGCCUGAUCUCCGUGGACCCGGCCCGGAGGAAGCCGAGCACCGAGGACCGCCAAGGCCAAGGCUUUGCGUGUGCGUUGCUGGCACCUCAGGAGAGGAUUUCGAGCCAAGAGACAUUGGGCCUCUCGUGGGGGUCGCGUGUGAUUAUUUUGGUGGUGGUGUUGCCUCAGUGUCUUUGAAUUUGAGAAGUUUUCUGAACAGACUAUAACUGUGAUCGCUGUAGAUUGGCCCUUAAUUGUUAACAUCUCUGUGCUCAGAACCAAGGGCAUGGUGGUGUGCCCGGCGCCGGCUUUGCCCACAGAGGCCUCGGCCCAAGGGAACCCGCCCUCAAGUGCCAAGAAGCCAGUGACUCGACCUGUGUCCAGGAGGGUGUGGCGCCACGCACUUCCUUCCGGGACUGUUGUUGGAACCUAGCAAACCCCACAGGGGUCAAGAAGCAGGGCGGGGCUGACUCUCACAAGAAAGACCCUCUCGGGGCCCCUGGGCUCCUGGUGGUCUUCCAGGACACCCCCCCAUCUUGUCACAGAGGCACCAGGUGGGGGUGGUAGCCGGGAGCCCCCCGUCGCGGGAAACAAGGUGCAAUAUAGGCAUUCAUGGGAACUUCUGCCUCCUCCCGUCUCCCCCUGCACAGCGCUCUGUGUGGAAACCGGGGAGGAGUGUCCGUGUCUGUUUUCCCCUCCUGCCCCCUCAGCCACUGGCGCCGGAGUGCAGCCGUUUGCUUCUUUGUGAAUCCUGAGCUGGUUACUCUGUUUUGGGGUGCAGGGCCUUGGCCGGGUGGAGUGGUGUUUCUGGGAGUGCAGCGCGAGCUCGGGUGGACCAGGGUGGCUUGGGCACCCUCCCCAGGGGUGCGUCUGUCCCCGGCGGGGUGUGGGCAGCCGGAGUGCCCCGGGUGCCGCCCGAGACCUGUAGGGGCAGACUUCCCACGCCCUGCAUCUGGGCUUCCACUGGAAAUUGCUGGAUUACUUUGAUAGGCGGGCCCGGCUCCGGGGCCUCAGCUGUGCGGCUGUCUGCCUGUCCGUCCGUCCGUCCGUCCGUGCACACUUGCUGCCCGCCCAGUGUUCAAUUCCCCGUCACGACCGCAGGACACGUAGUUGCAACGUCUGUAUCAACCUGUGUAUUGGUGGCCAGUCUCUGACUUGGCACGUUUGUGUGAUCACUGCAUUUAUGUAUCACCCACCAUGUAAAUAAUAAAUCCAUGAUGACUUCUACCUUCC